UAUAUUUUUGAGGGCCAUCACAUGUUGAUAUUAUUUACUAAAAAUUCCCCAUUUAUUUAGUUUUUUACUUAAUUAAACAAUCUAACGUCAACAUGCCCAUCUUGGUAAAAACACAAAGUUCUGGCACUGGCGAUUGGGCGAUCAUUGAGCUGCAGGGCGAUCUGGAAGUAAGAAGUAAUCAGGAUAUGCAUGACCAGUUCAUUGGCGAUCUCUACUAUAACAAGUAUGGUCAACCGAUUCUCAUCAUAGGCCACCACAUACUGCAAGGACGCGAACAGAAGCUGGAGAAGCCAUUCGCAGUGCUGGAAAAAUCGAAAUCCAACGAGGGACAGCGCCUCCUGGACACCAGCAUGGCCACGCAAGAUGUCAGCCUAUUAAAUGCCACUACUGGGGCAGAGCGAACCGUCCUGGAUGACACCAUUGCCCAGGAGCACAAGAGUCGCCAGCGUACAGAGUAUACAGUGCGGGCCGUGUGCACCAAAAAGCUGAUCUUCAAGUCACGACCCAAGCCCAUUAUAGCCAAUGUGGCCAAGACUGUUUGAGUGCCUAAUAGAUACAUUUAUUUGUCCUUUAUGAUUAUAAGAUUUCAUAGUUAUGCUAAGUCUCUCUCUAUUAAACGAUUUCCAUUUCACGUUCGA